AGCUAAGUGACAAUAAUGAUCCUCAAUUCAAAAACAAACGACCACAUCGAGCAGUAAAGAUCGUGUCUUCUCCAAGUGGAGAGAUGAUCUCAAUCUCCCAACUACCAGCCACCACACAGCACGCCUUCCACAUCUUUCGUCAGCACAAUCGAUAUCAUUACGGCGCUCUUCGUCGUGCUGAUUUCACGAGCUUGAGGCCACGGCCAAGCCGUUCGCAUCACGACGGGUGUGAAUGCUCGAAGGCGACUCGACCCACCGUUGCCCAUGAACUACGCAGGCAACUGCGUCUUCAGCGCCUUGUCGACCUACAGCAAAGAGGAACUGCAGCGUGAGACAGAAGGCGAAGACGCUGAGAUCAAUCCCGUCACUCUGAUCCAACUCGCUCGUCAAAUUCGUGCGUCCAUUUUGGAGCUCGACAACGAGCUUUUGCGCGACGCUAUUGAGUUUAUUGCUGAAUAGGAGCACCUCUCACGCGUCGUGGUUAGCACCAAGUACAUCCUCGGCCCUGAGCUCAUGUCACGUCGUGGGCCAACUUGGGGCUGUACGACGCCCAGUUCAACGGCACUCGUCCGUGCUACGCUGGGAUCGCCAAGGUCCCAUUCCUGGACGGUAUGGUGGUCAUUGCGGAAGCUGCCGGAGGAGCUGACGGACUGGAUGUACUGGUGUUUCUCGAGCGUGCGGACAUGGAGAG